AGUCGCGACUGCAAUCGAGACACAAUACUAUGCCACAUCAACCCGCGAAAUGGCAUCUCUGCUGCAAAUGGAGGACGAACUAAUUGGAUUUAUGCGUCAGUAUGCGAGCGAAUUGCAAUACAAAGUAAACACGAUGAAGACUUUCCAGCAGGAGUGGAUGACCAGGAGGGAGCUAGAGCCCGCUGAUCCUACGCCCUAUGUGGCCAAUCCGUUGAUAAGUUUUCCGCUCAUGCGACGUAUGUAUACGGAUGUUCCCAAGUUGCUGGACUUAGCUCGUGAGGAGGUCACACAGGGACCGCUUCAAAAUUUGAUUGAUUUUGAUUUGAGCCGUUUUUCUGAGCUAGAGCUUGAAUCGGCUGCAUUUGGUAUGUUGCGGUUUCAGGGCGUUUACGGUCUGGAUGAAAGCGAAAUGGCCAAUGGAAAACUAUUUGGAAAACAGUACAAUUCCAGAAUGAGUGCUGCAGAUUGCCUUGCUUUGGCCACUCAUUUAGAGAAUCUGGAGAAGGGCAAGCUGGCCUGCAAGUGGUUCAAAGUCGCGCUUGAUCAGUAUGAAGAUAACCUGGAUCCUGUAAAUAGAUUACUUCAAACAGGACGCUCUCAAAUCUACGAGAAAUUAGGUCUAACAUUGCUCGCUAUGCAUGAUUUACCAGCGAGUCAGGCUGCUUUUAAGGAGUCUAUAGGAUGGGCCUCCGAUGGUGAUAAUACCGAUCUGGCCAAACACUUCAUAGAUAACUUAGCCCACAAGUCUGUGCAUGUGGAUAACUGCCGAGGUAAAAACCUUCCUCCGAGCAAAUCCUCCUUGCGUUGUAGAUACUUUAGAGAAGGUUCACCAUUUCUUCGAUUGGCUGCUUUGAAACUUGAGCAGCUCAACAUUGAACCCUUCGUGGGUCUCUUUCAUGAUGCUAUCUUACAAGCUGAACAAGAGGAUUUGUUACGUCUCACGGAAUCAAGGUUAGAGCACAAGAAAAUAGAAAGUUCUAGGGUAGAAGCCAAAGUGGAUACAAAUGCGUCUGAUCAUGUGAGGCGAAUUCACCAAAGGAUUGAGGACAUUACAGGAUUCGAUUUGGAAGGAAGUGAGCCACUUACAGUCUCUAACCAUGGGAUUGGAGGGCAGGAGGCCAUCCACUUGGACUGCGGGCAGCCCAAAUUUAAAGGGCACUUCACAAAAGAAUACCGCUCGACAUCUGUGCUGCUUUAUCUCAAUGAUGUUCAAAUGGGUGGCUACGCCUCUUUUCCGGAUCUGGGCUUUGGCUUUAAGCCCGUUCGGGGAUCGGCCUUGGUUUGGCAUAAUACUGACAACUGCGGCAAUUGUGAUAUUCGAGGCUUGCAGGCCACCUGCCCGGUGCUGCUUGGAAAUCAGUGGGUGGCCAGAAAAUGGAUCAGUGGGUCAGGCCAGUGGCCCAGGAAGUUGUGUCGGAAGUAAAGAAAAUGCAGUUUUCCAUUCGGUUUUUAUCCACUUUUGCGAUAA